AGAAACAACCGAACGGCAAAAGGCCAGCAAGAGCAACAACGAUGGCCCUGGUGCGGAAGAAACUCGAUGACAAAAUACUAAAAACGUUGCGAGAGCUGGUAGGCGUCGGCGGUAACAAAGAAUGCUUCGACUGCGGCCAGAAGGGGCCCACAUACAUCAACAUGACUAUCGGUUCAUUCGUCUGCACCAGCUGUUCCGGUAUACUACGGGGACUCACACCGCCACAUCGCGUAAAAUCGAUUUCUAUGGCCACAUUCACGCAGGAGGAAAUCGAAUUUUUGAAGCAGAACGGCAACGAUAACUGCAAUCGUACUUGGUUGGGCCUUUGGGAUCCGAAGCGUGCAAUCAAGCAGGAGCAUCGUGACUUUAUGAUAGACAAAUACGAAAGGAAAAGAUACUACCUGGAACCUGCUAGUCCACUGAAAUCGCUGCCCACGAACACAUCAAGCUCGCUGACAUCACUGUCGGGCGGUAGCAGCAGCAAGAAUGCCAAUGAAAGUUUAGUUCCUCUCAAAACGCCAACACUAACGCCACCGGCAACGCUACGGUUGAAUCGUACCAACUCCGGCUCGUGCAAUGGACUGAACAACGUCAACUCAUCAUCAUCAUCAUUGCCGGGUGCAAUGGGUGGCGGUGCACAAUUUCAGCAGCAAUUUACGCCCGAUGAUUCCGGAUUUUUCGGCUCGGAUCCACCCAAAAUUUUGCCACCGACUCCGCAGAAGAAUAACAUGCUUCAGCGCAAGAACGGCAUUAAGGUCAAACAAUCGUCCAACGGACUGCCGCCGACGUAUGGACGUAACCAAAAGAAUGGCUUACUGAACAGCAGCACAGCUGGCGGACUGUCUGGUAGCAGUGGUGACAUAAAUGCCAACAAGUUUACACCGGAUGCUGACUUUGUUGCGGACUUUGGCAGCGCCACGAUUGUGAACAACGUUAGCAACGGGGGAAGCCAUUAUGGGAGUACUAAUAGCUUGAAAAAUGGUACCAAUAGUGACAACGGAGCUGGGAUGUACGCACAACACAAUGGAAACGGCGAGAAGAUCAGGGAGAUGGAAAACUUUGCUGACUUUGACCAUAAUCCCAUCUUCAACUCUGCAGAAAACAUGAAAUCAUACUUCAGCAGCAAUAGCAUUGACAGCAGCACCACGACCAGUGUCAGCAGCACCGCGAGCGUGCAGAGUUUGACCGGUCCCGAUCCAUUUGCAAACUUUUACUCCAAUACUGUCGCUGGCAAUAAUUGCGGUAGCAAUUCGACGGGAUCCACCACCGGCACACCGACGGCCUCCUCGGGUUCAGCAUCCACGGGCAUGUCCGUUCACGGUGUUGGCUACACGUGUAUUUCCCCGGAGGAAAACUCACAUGCAAAGGGUAUGAAUACGAACUAUGGAUUCGGUAACGCUUUCACCGGUGAGCCGUGUUACGCGACCAAGGAGUGUAUGAUCAAUGGUGGUACUGCUGAUACUACUGGAUCUGCUUACGGUGCUCAAAAUUACACCCUGCCUUGGGCUAACAGUAAAGGCACGCAACCAGAUUUGACCGCAACGAGGUAUACUGGCAGCACAAAUCAAUUGAAUAAUAAUGUCAGCAUCGAAAGCAGCCAACGGGAUACAGUACAGUGGAACUUUUGGCAACAGUUUGGCAACAACUGUUGGACGGCAGACGAGCGCCUUCAGUCGCUUCAUCAGCAGCAGCAGCAGCAGCAGCAGCAGCCACGGUUCCGCAAUAGUUCCGCUCAACAGAUGAUGAUGAGUCCUCAGCAUCAAGCAGUAAAUCAAAUGUCGUGCUAUUCAGAUCAAAAUCGGUGGAGUCUUCCGAUGCCGCUUGGAUCGAACAAUUCCGACAGCAAACUGUCCAAUGGCAAAAGCAGUAACUCAUCAUCCAUCCAUUCAACACCGUCCGUUGACCGAUACGCUGCACUGAAGGACCUGGACGACCAGUUCAGGGAGAUAAAGUUAGAGCAGCAAGCAGAGGCAAAUAAUAAUACAAUAACUGCUAACGGACUAGGACAUGCAGCCAGCAUAAACGAUUCUAUUACACCAACUUCCUCGGCCAACCCGUUCAAAGCGGCUAAUCCGUUCCAGCAGCCGCAACAGCAACAAACGAUGGCUUGGCCAAUCAGUGGCAUUAACGGCACGUCGCCGCCGGAUGCACGACAUCAAACAUCGACGGUAGCAACAAAUGGGAAUGGGUUCUACGCUACCUCACCGUACCAGGGAGGAUUUAGCCACGGAACUGCUAGUUCACAGCUCUACAACGGCAAUGUGGUUAAUGGAACCACGGUCUCGGGCCUGGGUUAUCUUCCUGUGGCAGGCUACCAUCAAAACGGUAACGGAUAUACUGGAAUGACGGGCGUGAAUGGUGUUAUGAUGGGUGGAGGACAAUUCAAUGUGACAGCGAGCAGUAGUGUUUCGAUGUUAAGCAACGUUCCCGGCGUCACUAAUCCGGUGCAUCAUUUUGCCAACUUUGGAAAUCCAUUCAUGGCCGCUGGCACUACAGCAGGAAACUCAAAUAAUCCUUUCUUAUGAGUAGCUUCAUAAGAUGAUCUGUAUAGAUAGCGAAUUAUACAU